AUGUAUGACAUUUUAGUCCUAACAGAAACUUGGUUGUCCCCUGAUAUCUCUAGUAGCGAACUUGAUUUUACUGGUUACAAUAUAGUGAGGUUUGACCGAAAUUCUAACAAUAGCUCUCACUCCCGUGGUGAUGGAGUACUCAUUGCUUUUAAGUCCACAUUUAAAUCACUUCCUUUAUCCUUAGAUAUCAUUAAUGUUGAACAAUCAUUUGUCCUAUUGUACAUUAAUUCUACUUCCUUAUUAAUUGGAGCUGUGUAUUUACCUCCGCAGUCUUCUUCUUCAGUUAUUGAUGCACAUAUUCUUUCAAUUGAAACCAUUCUCUUAAAUUAUAAGCCACAGUUUGUUUUUUUGUGUGGAGAUUAUAACAUACCUAAUGUUACUUGGUCUUCCGAUAGUUUAGGACUUUCUGCCUCUGGCAGUUAUAGUUCAAUUUCUUCCUCUCUAAUAGAUUCUUUCUCUUAUUUCAACUUUUUCCAGCUUAACUCCCAUCCUAAUAAUCAUGGUACAAUUCUUGACCUUAUAUUUUCCAAUUCUAAUAAUGUCACAGUAAACUUAUCUUCAGAGACACUCGUAUCUCCAGAUCCCUACCACCCUCCUUUAGAUAUUAAUUUUCCUUUUCAAACAACAUCCUACACUGAUAAUACACACACUUACAAAGAUUUUAAAUGCGCCGAUUAUACUAAGUUUAGAGCUAAAUGCAAGCGUAUUUCCAAACUAAAUUACCAGUCCUACAUCAAUUACACUCAAAAAAUACUUGCUCUUAAUCCUUCUAAAUUUUGGAAAUUUACCAAAGAUCUUAAUAAACACUCUUCCAUUCCUUCAUCUGUGCAUCACAAUGGUGUAACCUCUUCCUCACCUACUGAAUCCGCUAAUCUAUUUUCGAACCACUUUUCUUCUGUUUAUAAAACCUCUCUUUCUUCUAUUUCUGAUCCGACUAUUUAUCCCGUCUAUCCUUAUAAUCUACCUGCAAAUUGUCUUUUUUCUAUCGAUGAUAUCCAAACUCUGUUGGGUUCUCUAAAAAACAAUGUCUCUAAUGGUCCUGACGGUAACUCAGCACAAUUAUUAUAUAACUGCCGUCUUUCUCUAGUAUACCCUAUAUUUUUGCUUUUCAGGCGUUCUUUAGAUGAAGGUAUUUUUCCUGGAGUAUGGAAGACUUGUUCCAUCAACCCUAUAUUGAAAUCCGGUGAUCCGUGUCUUGUCUCUAAUUACCGGCCAAUUUCCAUCCUGCCUCAUAUUGCCAAAUUAUUUGAAUCUCUGGUCUAUUCCAGUAUAAAGCGAAGUCUUAACCAUAUCAUCAUUGAUAAACAACAUGGCUUCUCUCCAGGUAAAUCUACCGUAUCCUGCAAUUUGUCCUUUACAACUUUUAUUUUAAACAGCUUCGAAAAAGAUUAUCAAGUUGAUGCUGUCUUUACGGACUUCAAAAAAGCUUUUGAUACAAUUGACCAUCGUCUACUUGUAUCUGAGCUUAAAAUUCUUGGUAAUGGUGACUCCUUACUUUCCUGGUUAGAGUCCUACCUUGCAUCAAGAAAACAAUAUGAUUUUGUCAAUGGUGUUAGGUCCAACAUUAUUGAAGUUCCUUCGGGCGUCCCCCAAGGGAUAAGUGAAGUAAGAUGGCCAGAUCCCGGUGAUUUUUGGAGUGAUGAGUACAGAUUCAUUCAUACAGGCUCGGAAAAUGGACAUACUGGGGUAGGCAUCAUCAUGAAUAAACAAUGUGGAAAAAGUGUGAUCAGCUACUAUCAAUGUACAGAUAGGAUCAUCAUGGUUAAAAUUAAUACCAAACCUGCUAUUACAACAAUUAUCCAAAUAUAA